UAAACAAUCGAAGGUAGUUCAAUUAAUUGUUUGAAAUAAAUAAUUGAUUUAGUAAUGUAACAAUUGAAAGUUGCAUAGUUCAUUUGUGAAAAAUGCUUAUUAGUUAUCUGAAGAUGAGUUUGGCCAUUUUGGGAAUCGUUAGUGCCUUGAAUAUUGAUACUGAAUUGAGAGUAAUGACAAUUGACUGUUACGAAAGGUUAGCCAUUGGACAAAGACUGAAUCCAAAUAACGUAUACAAGUCUUUCCCCUACAAUACAGCAACAGACUGCAAAAAAGCAUGUUCGAAAGAAAAAAUCGUCUGUAAAGCUUUUAGUUUUGGAAUAGCUGAAAAAGGAAAUGCUACCUGUGAACUAAGCGCAGAUGCUAUCAAAGAAACUGCCGAUUUAAAACCGAUUGGAACAGUUGCUGAUACAGAUUUUGAUCUAUAUAUAAAAAAAUUAGGAUGUACUCUAGUUACUGAACCAAGCCAUCAUAAACCUCCAAGCCAAAGUGUUCAAUUACACUCAAAACCUGCUACUUUAGGUAAUAUUCAAGAGGAAGCGAUUAGUCAUAAUCCUUCAAAUAAACCAUUAUCAAACACGCCAUCCACUUAUUCAAACCCAAAUCAUCCUGAUCCUCUUCAUAAUGUACAAACAGUAGUAAGCGUAGCUACAAGACCUCAGGCUGUACUUAAUCCAACACAUGGGAUCUUGGUUGCUGGUGAAAAUCAAAAUAGUUACGGUUUUGGGAUUGAGUCACUACCAUAUGAAUACUAUAAUAGCUUUCGGCCUGAUGAAAGUUAUAAUUAUAAUGGGAUAAAUCAAGAUAUGAGGCCUUUUGGUCCCGUUGACUAUCCAGAUAUAGACAGAUACGAUUUUCAUGCAAACGAUAAUAGACUACAUGGUGACAGAUAUGGAGAAAAAACGCCACCACGUCCCUAUUUUCAUACACGUUACCCUGUUCCAGACAAAUAUGGUUCUGUCAUACCACAUCCAGAUGAGUAUUAUAAACGACCGACUCACCAAGAAUACCCAGUCCCAAAUUAUAACCCCAACAACGUAGAAUACUAUUAUAACAGACCACCGAAACCAAUCCAAGAAAAACCUGUGAAUGAGUACAAUUCCGAAUACCAUUACAGCCAACCAUCAAAACCAUUCCCAGAAAAACCUGUGAAUGAGUACAAUUCCGACUACCAUUACAACCAACCAUCAAAACCAUUUGUUGAAAAACCACUAGAAGAAAACUAUAAUUCAAAGCCAGUAUCGUUGUCUCUUAUUUAUGAAAUAGAAAACACCGGAAACCAUGCACAAUCGGAUACGCUGUAUCAAGAUCCUCCGAAGAAGUUGAAUGGUUAUGGUCCAAAUAACCACGUUGUUAAUAAAGACAAACAUCCACCCCAUAAUUAUAAAGAAUUUUCUUCAAAGCCGAUUGUUACGCAUAGUACUGGUCAUAAGGGUGAACAAAUAACAUCGAUAAUCACUGAAAUCAGAGAUAGAGCUUGUUUCAGGAGAGUCAUGGCUGGAAAACGUAUUUCGCGUGGUCUAGUCAGAAGAGCGUUGAUUUGCGAGAGCUUGGAAGAUUGUCAAACGCAGUGUGCAGAUGAAAAAAUUUUUAUUUGUGAAGGGUUUAAUUAUAGGUUGGAUCCAUCUGGUAGAGGAAAAGGUGACUGCGAAUUACUAAGUGUACCUUUAUCAAGGAUAGACGUCUACAGGGAUACCUAUCCCGAGCCAGAUUACGAUUAUUACGAAAGAGACAGAAAUGCAGCUGCGUUAAAUUGUAGACAAAGACCUUCUGGUUACAAGUACAACAACCAAUACAACAGUUACAAUGGAUACAAUGAUUACGAUGAUUAUAGACAUGGAAUUAGAGACACUAACAAUCCCUAUGGCGUAAGGAAUCGUUUACCAGAUAGGAGAUAUGAUUAUGAGGCACCUAGAAGACCUUUAAUACCAGCACCGUAUAGACAGCCAGAACGUUGGCCGGAUGACUAUUACAGACCUCGCCGUCCUGAAAUAGAUCGAAGAUACGAUUCCCAUUCGUACGACUACGGUAACCGACCUAACACCAAAAGAAGAGGAGAUUUCUCAUAUCUCCCUCAAACCACUCAUUUCUUUAAUGAACACGACAGAAUUGACAAUAGGAGAUAUUCUGCUGCUCCAUUACUCCCUCCCCAACCAGUUCCUUUCGAUCAAAAACCAUACGAUUCAUUUCCAUCUAUCAAUUACUACAAGUAUCAGAAAGACAGGUGGGAUAUUGAUACCCACCGAUAUGGUGAAACUCACGGUUUCAAACCGAAUGCUUAUUUACCUCCUAGGAAAGAAGCUCCAAACGAUUGGGGACUCUAUCAUAAAUACAAAAAUAAUUAUAGCUAUUGGGGUUUAAAUAAAUAUGGAGGAGGUAGCUAUCUACCGCCGGAUCCUGCUUUAACCCCGCCUGAAGUUGGAAGUUACAUACCAGUUCCUAAACCUGUUGAACCUAGUAGCAUAUUAGUAGUACCGGAUAGUUCACUUUUACCUAUUGAGCAUAGGAGACCUACUUACAACUAUAUACAAGACGAAUGUUCUUUGAGAAGUGUUACUGGAUUUAAGUUACAUAAACGAAUAGUGAAAAAGUACUUUGCAGUUCCAAAUAUUUACGAAUGUGAGCUGUUGUGUUUCAAAGAAAAGGAUUUUCCAUGUGCUUCUUAUGCAUAUCGAUAUACUGUUACUGUAUCGGAACCAUCGGAAAAUUGCUAUUUGAGUAACGUAGACUACAAAGAGCUGGACAACUAUACAGAUUUGGAACCCGAUAGAGAUUUCGAUGUUUAUACCAUGAAUAAUAGGAAUAAAUGCGAACAACCCCUAAUCCAAAGCAGAGAAAGUAGCGAUUGUUUUUGGAGAGUCAGAAGUGGUGAACGAUUACAUGACAAGAUCGUAAGGGAUUCCUUAAAAGCUAAUUCUAUUGUUGAUUGUCAAAUAGAAUGUUUGAAAUCAAAAAAAUUUACUUGUAGAGCAUUUAGCUAUAGAUAUGGACCUCACACGGUUGGCGGACUAAUUGAUAAUUGUCAGUUAACAGAUUGGCCGUAUUACGAAUUAAAUCCUUCAAUUCACUUUAUUCUCGAACCUGGAUUUGAAAUUUAUGAACGAGGCAGUUUCGGUCACGGUUGCGAAACCGGCCAUUUUGGAAUCAAAGGUCAUCACGAACAUAAACCAAUUUUUAAUCCAGAUCAGCUUUGUUACAUUGGAUUUGGAUCGCCUGCUCGUCUUUUACCACAUGCGAUUAAAAAAUCAGUAAGAGUUUUUUCUGAACUUGAAUGUAGAGAGGAGUGUUCAAAAUCGAGACUGGAAACCCUCUUCCAAUGCAUGUCGUUUAGCUUUAGAGCCAAUACUCCGGGAACCAGUCCAAACUGUGAUCUCUCCGACAUUUAUCAAAGAGACCUGCUUCCUAAACUGGAUUACGUAUAUGAUCCACAUUCUUUGUUAUUUGCAUGGGACAACUACAAUCCUGAUUGUGUGAUUUUAGGAGACGAUUCUAUACGGACCAAUCACAUCACGAACGGAUUAUACGACAGAGAUUAUUUGCCUUAUGCGAUGGAUACGUGGAGGGUCUACAGUGUUAGUGGAUGGCCUUGCAAAAGAGGAGCACGUUGUCAGGAGAACCUUGAAGCAGGAUUCUGGUUUUGUGAACUUGAAGGUGGAGUAAACGGUGCUUGGGACUACUGCUGUAGACCAGAACAUCAAUGUGGAGCAUCUAAUGGCUACCCGUAUCUGUGGUGUUACGUUGGACCAGAGCGAUCUCAAUGGAGAAAAUGCAGCGAAAAAUAUUACCCUUAUCUACCUGAAACUGACAAGAUAGACGAUAGAAAACAUUUUUCUCCUAAUCCUCAUCGGCAACCGUGGCGUCCACCAAUAUUUAGACCUGAUAGACCACCGGGUCAGCAUCCUGUUCCUCCGCCCGCUUUGAGCCUUGAUCAGUACGAAAUGAUAUUCAAUGAACAGUUUUUAGAACCACCUUUACCAGGAGGAAUCGGGCAACCACGACAUUGGCCAGUAUCGUACCUGCAUAAGGAAAUGCCACCGAACAUGACAGAAUCGAAACUGGCACGCAUGGAAACCGAAGAUACUAAAUACGCGGCCAUACAAAAUUUAAUAAACACAAUCAAAAAUAACGAUCUUAAAAAUAUACAAUACCACAUCUCGAACGAGUCCAACAAAAAAGACGACAUUCUGUUCGUCAAAAUACCAUUGCCAACAAAUUUUACAAACGAUAACAAAGAAAUAUUGAACAAUUCCACGAUUAAUUUGCAACCGAUUACAGUGGAAGACGAUAAUUUUGAUACGAAACGUUAUCAGAAGUCACUGCCACCGCUUGUAAAUUGGAAUACUAAAGAUAGUGCUCUUAGCGAUGACACAAGAAGAGCUCCAGUUUACAGGAGAGCUUUCAUAACCCGUACCAAUGUUACCACACAUGGAAGACAGUCCUAAUGAAGUUUUUAUCACGUAAAAUAUUUUAUGGCGAUUUACCAGCUGAAUUAAGCACCGAUUUCCACAAAGAUCUCAAUCCAAGAUUAAAAUUAUAUAGUUACUUGCUUAAACGCAAUCAUUUUGUGCAAAUGCAAUUAUAUCACCAAUUUUUGAUUAAAGAACAUUUGAUAUUU